UUCAUAUACAUGCAGUAACUAGUCGAUAACUUGACUCAACCGACAAGGACCAAAAGGUCGACACGUUUCAUUUGAUCAUUUCUGUGAAUAGGCAAUUUACGAGCUGUAACAGUACCCCAAAAAAGUUGAAAAUCCAUUGAUGAAUACGUUUGCGAUACCUUGAAUAACCGACUCAUAAUUUCAGAUGUUAAAUCCAUUGAAAGGAUGAAUUAAGAAUAUAAAGACGAGAAACGUUGUUGCCGUGAGGCGGCGGAACCCUUGAGCUAGCCUUCGUUUGUUCCUACCCGGACCACAAAGCGGGCGCGCACUAGCCGAUUAACGCUAAUACGACAAGCAAAGAUGCUAAAGCGUGGCAUUGAUCGCAUAAUUCGCUCACUUUGAACCGCGCGCGCAUGUGCUACAGGCCGUGGGUGUUGAAUUCCACCACCGAUGCAGCUAACGAGCAUGUCGUCGAUGGUUAGCCGUUAGCACAAGCCGUUAGUUGGGCGGCUAACAGCGAGCCCGUAUGUGGAUUUGGACUCCAGUGGACUAUUUUGUUUUCUUCUUUUUUUGGGACUCCAUUAAUGGACUUUGUGAUGUUUUAAAAAAAAUGCGCUUUUUCUUUGAACAAACGCACUCCAGUUGGCCGUGUCGCUAUGGUAAGUGACGCUGCAGAGGCCCCUCGCGGAGGUGAGCGGAUGCUGAACAUUCCGGAAGCUUCUACUUUUCGCCAUGUCGCCAUGUCGUCCCCAAGUGGUGCCGCCCCCGCCCCCGCCCCGCUGGCUUCCAAGGCGCUGUCCGAGUCGUUCGCCCGCCUGCGCUUCCUGGACACGUCGUUGCUGGUGUGGCAGCAGCAGCGGCAGCGGGCGGCCACCGCUCCGCCGCGUCCGUCCUCCUACCUCAGCCGCAGCCAGUCGGCCUGGUACAGCAGCUACGGGAACAGCGCCGUCGUGGUCCGCGACAAGAGCUGCCUGGAGGAGCACCAGGGACGCUCCCGGGUGUGCGCGCUCAUGUAGCGCACCGCAACGCAACCGGCCUGAAAACUUGCCUUGCCUGAGUUUUCUUUUUCUUAUGUUAGGAUGUGAUCACACACGCGUUGCCAUUGACGAAAAACGUCAACGUUGAGAAAGGAGCAAGUUGCAACUGCCGGUCGUACAAACCUCUCUUUCCCGGUUCUUUUAUUCCGGUCGAGGUAGAACUUCAAUGAUUAGGCCGGAUGAAAAGCUUCACGAUUUAUUCGAAAAUACAAAGUCAAACAAUAAGCUCGGCGAAGGUUCAGCGCUGGGCUCAGACCAGCGAGCGCGUUGAAGAGACCGCAGAAGUUCUCGUCCGCUUGUUUUCUGGCCAAAACUGCCGCCCGUCGUGACGUCACGCAGCCGUCGACCAAUCCUAGCUGCAGCCUAGUGUUUGGGGUCCGAUGUUCCCACCCCGGCACCCAGAGACAGAGCGUGCUCCACUUUCUACAACUUUACUGCGGAGCGUGGUGGCCAUUGCUAGAGAUGCGUCAGUACGCCCGCCAUAUUGAAUGUGUCAGUUGUACUUCUAUCGAGUGGCACACACACUACCAACGCUCUGAGUUACCGAAGGUUCCGGGUUGCGGUGAGCGCGCCCGGAGUGAACUUCCCAACGCACCCUACGUUGAUCUGGUGUGCGUUUGUUGAGUCGGUGCGAGAACAUCGACUUGCCCAACGUGGCCGCCACGUCAAGUCUUCCAAUCGAGGGUCGGAAGGGCUCCGCACACAUUAUUGCCAGUCUGUGUCCGAGGACGAGGACGUUCCCGUCGAGGAGCUGUCGUCGGACGAGGAAGACGAGCUGCCGCUCAAACGACUCGCCCCGCCGCCUGAGGCCCCGCCUCCGGCUUGCUUCUCUGGAAAGAAAAAAACAAAAACAUUAAGUCACAUCACCGAGACCAAGACACCUAGUAACCCAGGCCCAGGCGCAGGCCCAGGCCCAGGCCCAGGCCCCUCCCCACUCGGGCUGCACAAUAUUGGAUAUUGUGAUUUACUGUAACCUUGUGAUGUGAAAAAAGACAGGAUAAAAUACUCGCGCCAUUUGAAAUCCAGAAAAUAUUAGUCUUUUUCCCCUUUGUAAUUCUUUGACAGUUUAAUAGUUCAGUUCAGUAGAAAUAAAGAAGCUAUUGUGCCAAGUCUACCUCUAUUUAAAUGCACUGUAUUAUUGAGCAGCUAAAUGUCCAGCCAGUCAUGAAGUUAUUCAUUUUUUAUACUGUCGUCUGUAUAGCACUAUUCAUUUGUUGUCAAUCAAUCUGCAAUUUUGGCUUGCACAUCUUGUAUAGCGACUGGAUUUGAGUGCACAAAGCGCGGCGUGAACCUCGCGCCCGGAUCGGACUACAAAGAUUUCCGUCCCCUCGCUGGGCCCAUUUGGAACGCCAAAAGACAAAAUCCAAAACCCACGAUUUGGCCCCGAGAUGCCAAAACCGGCACUGGGGUAUUUAAGUACAAUUUGUAAAAGGUCCAGAUCGCGAACAUUUCUUGAAGCAAAGAUCCGGGAGGUCAUCUGGUGCGAUAUACAUUUAAGUAGUCGUGUCGCAUCGACACCUGCUCGUCGUCAUAAAUACAUCAGUCAAAUUCAAAAACCUUUUGGCAACAACUGUGGAAUUUGUACAAAAUAAAAGUACGGCCGCAUUUCCGAAUAACAGCACGUAAAUGAAGAGAGAAAGUUAGGUCUUCAUCCAGCCGUCCAUUUUCUUAGCCGCUUCUCCUCACGAGGUUUCGCGGGCGUGCCGGAGCCUAUCCCGGCUGUCAGCGGGCAGGAGGCGGGGUACGCCCUGAACCGGUCGCCAGCCAAUCGCAGGGCACAUACAAACGGACAACCAUUCGCACUCACAUGCACGCCUACGGGCAAUUUAGAGUCUCCAAUUGAUGCAUGUUUUUGGGAUGCGGGAGGAAACCACGCAGGCACGGGGAGAACAUGCAAACUCCACACAGUCGGGGCCGGGGAUUGAACCCGGGUCCUCAGAACUGCGAGGCUGACGCUCUAACCGGUCGGCCACCGUGCCGCAAGUUAGGUCUUCAGAUAAAUACAAAAGUGGGACUUUCCUCUUUGCCGUUUCAAACAAUUUGACAUAUUUUAAUUGAACAAACCGUUUCAGAGGUUAUCUAUAUUCCGUACCGCUUAUCCUCCUGACGGGUCGCCCCCACGCCCCGGACCGGUCGCCGGCCAAUCGCACGGCACACGGAAACAAACAACCAUUGGCGCUCCCGUUCACACCUACGGGACAAUUUACAGUCUUCGAGGAACCUCGUUUUAGAGGUUACGUUCUGCGUUUUGCUUCACAAUGGCGUUUGACAUACGCGACUUCCCACGGAGAAGCGCAAACACGAAUGACUCUGGCCGUUCCAUCGGCUCCAGAUGUUUUCUUGCUCCAUCGGUCGUGUUCUGAUCUUUGUCCGUCUGGAACUCAACUCCCACGCCGUCUCUCUCGCUCUCUUCCCUGCUCGGUUUCUCGCGCAGUCGGUGAUUACCGGCCGAGAUGCCCAUUUGAUUGGCUGAAGUCGCACGCGAUUGGUCGGUACAUUUCGGCAAUACCGUAAAGCCUGUCACGCUGCGCAGCCUAAAAUAAAAGCACCCCGUAUGUCCCGAAUCAUCAACCUUCUUUUUGAGCGGAGACCUCUGCUUGUGCAUGAAUUGACAUCCAAACAUUAGUGCUAGCGUUAGCAAGCGAGUUCUGUUGCCUGCUUACUAGCCGUAUUAAAAGUACGUGAACUUUAGCCCGAGCGCUGCCCGGACAUCCUCCGAAGCACCGCCGCACCUCCGGGCUGCUCAGUGUGUCGUUCAAAGGCUUAGAAUUUACUGGAAAGUGUAACAUCUAAUUCGGUGCUCAUCUUAUGAGGAUGUCUAGCUUUUCUUAUCACCGUAUGCUAGCACUUAGGUCAGCAGCCAUUGGUUGUUUACUUGCGCUUCACAGCAAACAGCAGCCGGGUGUGACAAAUGAACACGGUGAAGCCAGAAUGUUUGGCGGGCACUAUACAAAGUAUGAUUGCGAUUGGUAGAAUGGGUACCCGAGUUCUUUUCCCCUUCAUGGUCGGGACCGUCGCGAUGCGUCUAUCGCACAUUGGUGCCGCCUAGUGCGAGACUCCUAGCCCAAGACACAAUCGGAGACAUCUAGUCCGAGGCUACGCUUCACACUGCAGCGCAAGUCCCAUGUUUUUGAUUCCGAUUUUGGCAUCGCAUCCGAUACGAGUGCAGUAUGGACGCUCACGCUGCGCUCAAUCCGACUUAGACGUCAUCCGAAGGCGACAAAGGUCGCAAUUGUUGGACAAAACAGACAAGGAGCAAACGCAACGGCGGACGAAGGAGCAGAGAAGAGUCGGUGGCCGAAAGAAGACGCUUCACAAACGAUAAAUCGAAGAAAAUGUGGGCCGCGCUUGCACAAAAUCCUAGAAAUCGCCACAAACGCGUCUGGAGCAGACCUACGCGAGGGGCCGUAAACUCGGCGCCUCGCGUUUGCGCGACGUCCUGCUUCGUGCGGACGCGUGUCACGUCACGGAGGCUUUCCGUCCACGCUUGAAGUCGCAUUUGCUUUUGGAUGUGAACGAAUACAGCAAAAGAUCGGAAUUGGACAUCACGCCCUGCAGUGGGAACGUAGCCUCAGAGACCUUGUCGGUCAGUCCAAACACACCCAGUUACAAGUCACCUUGCCCCAAAAAACCUAGUCUAAGACAGCUAGUCAUGUAAUUACAAGGUAGCCAGUCUAAGUUACCUAGCCACCUCGUCUAAGUAGCUCGUUGCAGGAAGGACCGGAGGUAACAAG